CAACACAGAGACAUAGUGGCGGGUAAAAUAACAACAUUGCCACUGCCACGGUUUUGUUUUCACCAAAUCACAGACAUUGCCAACAAUGUAAGUAAGCAACGAUUGACGCAACAACAACGUCAUCAUCGUCAUUCCCUCCUGUUAUGUAGCGUCCUUUGCCCUCAAAAGUUUCCCAUAAUCUGCUGUCAGAUCUGACUCACACGCUGACCACAACAGUUGAAGCAGACCUAUACAAUAGUGCUCAUACAAUGAAGAAUAUAAUACCACCUCUGCAAAGUGCUGUACCAUCCCCUACUUUUCUGUGGAGGUUCAAGGUGACACUCUUUCUGAUAUGGGGCUUUAUUUGCUGCAAGGUUGGUUGGGAUUCUGUCAUGAGAAUGGAUGCGAAUUUGCGAGAUCUGUUUUUAUACGAGGCAUUUUUGUAUUACAACCCUUUUCUUCUAGUGACUAUGAUGGUCUGGCUUUGGGGAGUGAAUUUGUGGGUAUUUCUACAAUCCAAUGUAAUAAGCUAUGCCAAGAUUUUUGAUCUUGAUCAAAACCACCUUUCUCACAAAGAGAUAUGGAAGUGUAGCACUUGGAUGACAAUCAUUGUCCCUACUAGCAUGACUUCUUAUCUCUAUCUCUAUUCUCAUGGGGAAGUUUCUUUGGCUGCAUCUCAACCAGUGCUUCUCUACAUUUUUGUUGCAGUAAUCUUGAUCUUUCCCUUUGAUGUUUUCUAUUUGUCCUCCCGGUACUUCUUUUUGAGGACAUUAUUGCGGAUAGCUUUCCCUUUGCAGCCAAUAGCAUUUCCUGACUUUUUCGUGGCUGAUAUUUUAACCUCCAUGGCAAAGGUGUUUUCAGAUUUGGAGCGUUCAGUUUGUAGAAUGGUAAACAGACAGGUUGCCACAAUUGCUUGGCUUGAAGCUGAUUCAGUUUGUGGUAGUCACUCAGUUGCAAUUCCAAUGGUUCUUGUUCUUCCUUAUAUGUGGCGUUUAUUGCAAUGUCUACGCCAGUAUAAAGAUACCAAAGAAAAAAACUGCCUCUUGAAUGCUCUAAAAUAUUCGACAGCAGUCCCAGUAAUUUUUCUUUCAGCCCUUAAAUAUCAUGUCUUACCUGAGAAAUGGACAAAUCUUUAUCGGCCACUGUGGCUUCUCUCAAGUGUCAUUAAUUCUCUCUAUUCAUUUUACUGGGAUAUAACCAGAGAUUGGGAUUUAAGUGGUUUUUCGCGCAUAUUCAAGUUCAACAAACCAAGUCUAGUUUCCAACCUGUUUUAUGGACGACAAUGGGUAUACUUUUGGGUAAUUGGAAGCAACUUUAUUCUGCGAUGUUCAUGGACAUACAAAUUAUCUGCGCAUCUGCGCCAUAACUACCUGACAGUGUUUACUAUCACUCUUUUGGAGAUGUUCAGGCGCUUCCAGUGGGUAUUUUUUAGAGUUGAAAAUGAGUGGAAUAAGAUUACCAGGUCUGGUGUUCAACUCACAGAGAUUCCAAGAGAGGAGGAAAAAUUGUUAGGCUCCAACAUUCAUGAUGUAUAGAGAAACUCAAGCCAACCAAAUUUUGCCAAUGUCUUCAUAUUAGCAUCAGGUCUAAUUCAAUUUUUAAGAUAAUAUUACUACUUGCAAUCCCAAGAGCAUUUUUCUUCAUGUGUUCCUGGCUUUAUCAACAUGAGGAGUUUUCAUGCAUAUGCAUGGAUGUAUGAGAUUCAUAGAUAUAGUUGAUUCCAUUGCUGAAGCAGCCCCUUAGCUCAGUGCAUGCAAAGAUGCUUUCUUCUGGAAUGGGAAGAGAUUGUAAUGAAAGGAAGUUUCAGAAGUUCAAAGAAGAUGAAGAAGCAAGCAUACAAUUGUAUGCACAUGUUCACUGUUUUUCAUUCAUGAAGAGCUGCAACAAGUAGUACUUUGAGAACAAUGGUGGCCAUGGGGGAUGGUGCAUUCUUUUUAUAUUAUUUUUUCUAUUUUUUUGUGUGUGAUUCUUUAAAUUUGAUCAGCAUUUGUACAAUAGGAACUAGUUAGCAAACAUGACUCUCGGCAUUUCAAGUAUUUGUUGUAAACAUCAUGCUAUUACACAACUUCCAGAACGUAAUUGCUACAAAAUGAAGUUCUGUUCUUAAUUGU